GGCUAUCCUUUGUUGUAGUGAGGGAGCUGUAAACACUCCGCGAUCAGCACUGCGAACCGUGCAUUGUCAGUAGAGUACAAUAGCAGUGUAUUACGUGCGCUGAAAAUGACGUCAAGUACCGACAAAAAAAGCAAACGCCUGCGCUCUUUGGAUGUGUCAGAGGAAGUGCGAGAUUGGGAACGAUGUACAGUUGAUGAAUACCGGCUACUUAUAUGGUAGAUGCUCGUGAAACUACCCGCAGAAUGUAGAUCGCUGUGUAGGGGUACAGAUGCGCAGCGAAGGAACAAACGUGCUUCUGCAGUUAGUGACAGUGGUGAUAAUUACUAUCGAGGAUCUCAGCCGUCAUUCACUUUAGAAGGAACACGUAUAUACCUACAACAGCGGUUCGCUUUCGUGCCAUCAAGUCAAGAAAUAUCGCAUGUAAGAAGUCAAAAUAAAACGUAUUCUUGUUUCGCAUACGAAGUUUUAGAGGAACGGAAGAGGAAGACAAAAACAGAUACUAAAAGAAUCAGUGGUGGUGUUAGAAGAACUUCAGUUAAUCGCCGACUAGAACAACAAAAGCCUUCCACUAAAGUUGUGUACAAGAAGAGAACCAAAUCGAAAAAUCGCAGUGUCGCCACACGACAGCCGUUGGUGAUGUGUACAAUGAAUUUGCCUGGUAAACAUGUUCCUCAAGAAAAAGCCACACAAAUGUUUCCAUCGACCGAGGAAGCCAAACAAAUGUUACGAAGGCUUCUCGCGUCUACGAAUCACGAAUGUACUCGUAUGAUGGCUGAGUCGGUCAGUGCAGACGAUGCCAGGCAGAGGCAAGACAACCGAACUGAAUUGUUGGAUAAACCGGACUACUUGGAAGACACAUAUGAUUAUCUGUUUCACAGGCAUGUGCAGACGUUGAAUGGCGUAAUCCAACGGCAAGAACAGCAAGAAGCCGAUGAAGCACGUGGAAUAUAUCAACAAAAACACAGCACGCAAGUCAUACAGCUUUGUUGUGGUGAUAGUCGCGACUGUGAUGAAACUUCCAUAAGCAUCGAUUCUACGGAAUUAUCAAGUCGUCACAAUUCCAGUACCGUCUCUCAAAAUCCGGCCGUCUGCAGCGCAACUGGGAACAGCAGUCAGGAUAGUGACAAAAAUGAUGUCUUGGCUAGACAAACUUCUUGCAAUGAAAACAAAAACAAAGAAGUGAAGGGCCGAUGUAAGAAUGGUGAACUAACGGGAAUGAGUGUUGAUAACCAGAUAGAAAGCUGUCACGACACACAGAAGAGAACAAAUAGUGAUGGUAGCGUAAAUAUAAACAUAGUAACCAAUAAAAUUAAUGCAUUGGAACUUCAAGUUGUCAGAGUACCACAAAAGCCAGUAAUAACAUUCAACCAUGUGUCUGAAACAAAUGAAUGUAGCAGCUCUUUCAAUGAAUCUGAAUCACCUAAUUUAAAACUGACUAAGUCAACUUCAGUGUCAUCCACACUUCGUUCAAGUAGUUCCAGUCCACUGCUAGAAGUUCCAGCUUCAUUUGAAGACCUCACCUCGGAGAUGAUGAGGCCCCCAAUAAAUUAGUGCAUGAUGGCGACAUGAAUCAGAUCUAUGACAUCAACGGAAAGAAAACUAACGGCCGAGAGCACAAUCGGUAAGAAGCGCUCACACUGCGUCUCAAUCGCAUCCAGACUUCGCUGCAGCGUUCAGAGAACAUACUCUUCUUUGCUCUCAGUCGCAUAUACUAGGUUCCAGCAGCAAACACACCUAGAUAUACACUAGUAUCUUUGAUGGAGGGGGGGGGGAGGUUCAUUUAUACCUACGCUGUACAACGCCUGGUACUCCUUUUCUCUUGGCGUAAACGUUUCGCCUUCGACCGAAACUCUGAAUUUUUUCUCGGCAAAAAUAUGCUAACAGGCUUGAUUAUACUAACGGAAAUUUUAAUUUGAACUUAUACGCACUGUUGUAUGGUCCCUAUCUGCAGAGAAAUCUCCACUGUGUCUUAUGGCCGCCCACCUGUACAUUUCUCCAGGUACUUCGAUUUCCCCUGCCAAUCUUCGUUCACCAUCAUCUAGAAUUGGUACAAUACGCUACAAGUAGCCAAAGUACCAAAUGGUCUUUCUCACUCCAAUAAAAGCAAUAAUUAAAGUAUUGUGUCCACAUCCCACCCCUUGGCUCCAUUUCUCCCAACGUCAAUCUAACAUUCAGCAGGACUCCUAAUGAUUGGGAUCUGCCUGAUGCAAGACCUCAGAUUAUUGAUAGUGCUAUAGUGAGUGUCCGAUGAAAGUUGCAUUGAUGUUUACAGAAAUAUGAAUCCAGAGACUGAAAGCAGGAAGGCCUUAUGGCAGGGCUUCCAGGUACUGUACAGUAGCAUUGCAAAAAGUUAUAUACUUAGGAUCAUUCCUAAAAUUGCAUUGCCAGAGUCAAGUGAACACUUAUGGAGCAAUUGAAUGAAUACUUUUAUUUUCUGGAAUUGAAAAUGAGUUACAUAAUGAAGCCUACAAAUAAGCAAAUUACCUGAGUAGACUGGAGAAAAUUAAAAAUGUGCGAGAUAUGUAAUGACUGAGAACCAAGAUAUGUAGGUCACAUAAAUCAUUAAUAAAAAACCUAAAGCAACACUUCUCAGGCAUGGGAACCAGUUGUUUUUGCAUACAAAUAAAAACUGAGGACUGACCAGAUUUAAGAUGUUACAAAACUUUGCUCUAUCUUGAAAUUUCAUUGUGAUCAUACACCCUAUGUAAAAUAUUGAACUAUUAAACAUUUUUUAAACUUCCAAUGGUUGAAACUCAUGCUAUCCCAUCAAAAUUAAAUUCUGCUGUAAAAGUAAAAAAAAAAAAAAAAA